GGAGUCGUUCGUUUCGGGUUUAUGCACUUAACUUUCAAAAUAAAACACGUUAUAACUUAUUUCUCCGAAACCGAAAGUCUUUUCUGGGAAACAGAAUAGAUAAUGGCGUUCAACCAGGACUCGCUUAGCGGAAUAUCACUGAGUAAAAUCAAUCCAAACUAUCUCCACGCCAAUUCCACUAGUCACGUGUGGGCUUUUGGUGCUAUAGCGGAAUUAAUAGAUAAUGCUUACGACCCUGAUGUCAAAGCAUCUCAUAUCAGCAUAGAUAAGAUUGAUAUUAAUAAAAUACCAUGUUUGGUAUUUGUAGACAAUGGAGCUGGAAUGAACAGAGAACAACUUUUGAAAAUGCUAAGUUUGGGCUGUUGUGACAAAGAAAAAUAUGACAGUCCAAAACACAAACCCAUAGGGAAAUAUGGCAACGGCUUCAAGUCUGGAUCUAUGCGCCUGGGGAAAGAUGUCAUCAUAUUUACCAGACGUAUCGAGAAAGCGUGUGUGGGACUGCUGUCUCAAACAUAUCUGAAGGCCAUAGACGCAGACUCAGUCAUUGUACCAAUACUAGAAUAUUCCACAUCAGCUAAAAUGCCCAGAAGUAAAGACAUCACUGAAAACAAUCUGCAACCCAUACUGAAAUAUUCACCAUUUAAAAGUGAGAAUGAACUUAAAAAUCAAAUUGACAAUAUGAAAGACUCAAUAACAGGGACAAAGAUAAUUAUCUAUAAUCUCUCCAGGUUAGAAGAUGGGACAGAAGAGCUUGACUUUCAAAGUGAUCCUGAAGAUAUUCUUUGUCCAGAAUCUUAUAUGAAAAAUGAUACAAAUGCCGACUUUCGCCCAGUGGAACAUGUUCCUGAAUACAAAAAGUCUUUAAGAGCCUUCUGCAGUAUUUUAUACUUGUGCCCGAAAAUGAAAAUAUCAGUCAGAAAGGUUCUGGUCAAAUCCAAGUAUGUUUCAAAGAUGUUAAAAAAGACAGCUCAAUUUAUGUACAAGCCCCAGUGGUUGAAACACAACAAGAAAAGUAUCAAGAUAGUUUUGGGCCUUUCAUGUGAGAGAGACUGGAAUAACAAUUAUGGAUUCUUCUUAUAUUAUAAGAACCGAAUGAUCAAAGCUUAUGAAAAAAUUGGCUGUCAAAAACAGUCCAAUGGCAAAGGUGUCGGGGUUAUUGGUGUGGCAGAGCUAGACUUUUUGACACCAACUCAUAACAAGCAAGACUUUGUUCAAGAUGGGCAUUACAACACAGUGAUGAACGCAUUAUCCGCAAAGCUACUUACUUACUGGGAUAAAGUACAUAAUGGUGCUAAUGGAGAGGAAGAUAAUCUACCUGACUGGACAUGGGCUCAGUGUGACCGAUGCCUCAUAUGGCGACGCCUUCCAAGUGACACAGAUCCUAAAUCCUUACCCAAUGUUUGGUUUUGCCACAUGAAUAGUGGUUCCUACUACAAUCGGUGUUUCAUGGAUCAAGAACCAGAAGACGAAACACCCAAGAAAAGGGGAAGAAGAAGUUCCAGCAGAAAUAGCACACAAAGUGCCAGUACAACACCAAGCAUCAGAUUAUUUCUAUCCCAGCCAGAAACCACUCAAGACAACUCUGAUGAUGUAGUGGUCAAGUGGAGUACAAGAUCCGUGGACAAUGAAAAAUAUACUUCUGAACUAGAGGACCUUAGUGACGAGUGCAAAGAAAUGACACCACCCAAAAAGAAAGCUUCUAAAAGACGGCUCACAACUUCUUUAACUGAAUUAGAUACUUUGAAGCAGUUUCGUUCUAUUCCUACAAGUUCAAAUUUACUGCAAUCAAUUCCUGGUUGUUCCAAAGACUUCACGGAUUCAGAUGACUAUGAAGUAGCUCAUUUCCCCUCAAAGAAACGUGGUGCAGCUAUAACCAUUCCAAGAGCAAGCUUUAGACAUUCAUUAGAACACAUUCAGAAAACAAAUAGUCAAAGCAACACAGAAAAUGAACCAACUCAGGGGGUCUCCUCUCUAUCAGACAGCAGUAAUGACACUAAUGAAAAAUUUAAUAUACCCUCAUUAGAAAAGAGCAAGGCGAUGAUUGAAAUUCUGACUGAAGAAAAGAAAUUAUUGGACCAACUGACAGAUCAUUUACCAAACACUGAAGAAUGCAUUACAGAGUGUAGUGAGAAAGAAGAGGUCAAAAUCUUUCAAGACCAGGAGGUUCAGACAACCUUGACUUACGAUGACCAUGGAUUCACUCCGUUUCAUAUAAACGUGUACCUACUUCUGAGGCUCCUGGGCCAAGUGGAGACUGAGCUCGAGGAGUCGAACAUAGAGGAGCUUGUGAGCAGUCGGUUACACUCCUACUUAAGUUAGGACUGACAAUUUAGAAUCAUUUGAGAGUUGUUGCUUACAAUAGUUUGUUAUAUUUUUAUGUACUACAUUUGUGCAUGUUGCAUUUAUUUAUAUUUUAAAACACAAGAGCCUGUUCCAAUCAUUUAGUGCACCUUCCUUCUUAUUGUUUUAGUAUAUUACAUAAAGGAAGCUUUUUUUUUUUAAUUCUUUAUUCCUAUGAAAAGGUGAAACGAUCAAGUCAUGAAAAAUGUCAUAAAAGAUUUCCUUGGUUUGGAUGAAGUGACAUAUAUUUACACAACUCCAUGACAUGUUACACUUGACUUGUUACAUUUUACAUGUUACACCUGACAUGUUACACCUGACAUGUUACACCUGACAUGAUACACUUGACAUGUUUUGUUGAUCAGAUAUUAAUUUGUGGCAAUAGAAAAAAAGGUUUAAUUUAACUUUAGCAUUUACACCUCUUAAAGUCUGAGAUUUUUAGCGACUCCCAAAGGGUAAUAGCCGCUGUUAGUUUUGUGUGGUUUGUCUGUCCGUCGGCCGUCCCGUCUUGAAAAUUUGACAUCAUAUUUUAGACCUUCAAAAGUUCAGGUGCUACGACAAUAUUUUUUUCUGAAAGACAAUCAUUUAAUUUUUAAAGGUAAAUAUGAAAGCAUUUUCUGUCAUAAAAAUACACCAUUUUUACUACUAUUCACUAUUAAUAGUUAAAACACGGGAGACUAUAUUACUUAGUAAGGGCAUUUUCCUGUAUAUUUUUUUUAUUAUUUAUGUAAAAGUUCUUGUAAUUUUCUAAAAAAUGUUAUAAGAAAUGUUUUUCUACCUAUAGUGUGUGUGUGUCGUUAUAUUCGAUUCUUAUAUUUUAAUUAAAAUGUUUUACCUUUGUUUUAAAAGUGAAAGAAUGUAUUUAGCCUAUGUAUAUGAGUUCAUAAAUCGAAUAUAAUUUAAAACAAGAUUUAAUAAACAGUCUUCCAUGUUAUAUACUUCAGGUGCGAUGACACCAUUGAAAACAAUGUUAGAGCUAAAAGUUUCUUGCUUGAGGCCCUUAAUGAGAGAGGAGCCAUUUAGAAAAUGAUCAAUUAGAUCAAAUAUACGUCUUCUCAAUCAUCAGUUCAUUGAAUACAUAUGAACAUUACCUGCAUGAGUUGACGGACCACUACGAGGCCCGACUCUGAGUUAGUGUUUCCACUCAAACUAUAUUUGUAACCUUGUUGCUUAUUAUUUCAUGGUUGACUAAAAGAAAAAAAAAGAGCUAUUAUUUAGUUGUUGUUUUUUUUUUGUAUGAUUGACAAGUUUCAAAUGUUCCUUGAAAAUGGAAGGUUAUUACAACUUAGAUCAAAACCUCCCCCCCCCUCUCCACAUAGGAAGACGGGGGAUGCAGCGGGUAGAGUUAAAAUAACAUGGAACAGUUGAGACAACCAUUCAGAUUGUAUAGCAUACGGCAAGGCAGCCAUCAAUGAUUGCAGAGUGACAUAUUUACAUGUCUAGCUUUAUCAUGCUUCAUUUUGACCAACAGCAUUAAUACGUAGGCAUAGUAAGGGGGGCAUCAAGGUCUAUAGCAACGGAUCCGCGAGAGAAGUCCAAAGCAGAACAAACUCGGGCUACUGAGCGGUAGUCCGAUUCCCCGGUGCAACAGAAAACGACGAACUGGUAGGCCCAUGUGCAGGAGAAUAAAAUUAUAUUGCAGAAAUGGGGGGAAUUAAAAGCGCUGUAGAGCAUAUUGAAAAACGUAUUGAGGAAGGAACUGCGGCACUGGCAAUUUUACUCUCUUUACAGACUCACUUUCCUGCCUGCAAACUUUCAAGAGCUCAGAGACAUGACCUACCCCACUGGUAAAAACAAAGGUGUGGAUCGCCUGGAAGGAAAACAAGGAACGUAAGGUGAUGCAAAUAAUUUCCUCACAUUGUGGAAUCAGAGGAAACGAGAAGGCAGACAGUUUGGCGAAGCUAGGAACCCACUUAGGCUCAGCAGAGGAGCGUAACGAGAGUGCAAAAGCCAGGAGUUGUGAAUGGAUCAAGUCCAAGUGGUAGGAUACCUGGGACCAUUGUAGCAUAGGACGGGAAGUUUGGAAGGUUCUCAAACGCCAAAAAAUGGAAGGACGAAUGUUGGCAGUUAGACAGAAAGGAUCAGGCAAUCUUGUCAAGGUUUUGCACGGGACACUGUCAGAUCGGAGCCUACUUCUGCAUAUACCUGGACCGCACUAUAAAGGAUUAAUCUCAGCACGGAGCCUUAGUGCAUGGAGGCUUACAAAUGGUUCCGCAUCUACUCUUUGUGUAGUCCUUUUAUACAAGUUUCAUUGUGUUCGUGCAUGGAUGCAGGUAAUUUCAUUUCGCUGUUUCUUACAUUAGAUUAUAAUUUUACUUAGUUCUUUAUAUAGAAUAUCACUACUCUGGUUUCUUCCACAUUGUUGGACAACCUUUAUUUUUAGAUGGGCAGCACGUAGAUAAGUCAACUUUAUUUGUGUGUACAUGUACUGUACUCAACUAGUUCUCGAGCUAUCAACCGCACACACUUCUUAUAAUUGCAUUCUUUACAACUAGUGUGUGGAUUUGUUCUAUUUUGUUACGGAAUAGCCAAUAGAUUAUUAUCCAUUUUCCGAGUAAUAUUAUGUCAUGUUUCACUUGUUUAUAUUUCUCUAAUAAGAGAUAUAAAAUUACAUCCCCUUAAAAUGUCCAUCAGUGGACUGCUUGUACCAUGGGCGUAGCCAGGAUUUUUUUGGUGGUGGUGGUGGUGGUGGGAGGGGGGGGUUGGGGGGGAUUUUUUGUCUCCCCCACUGCCCCCCACCCCCCGGAAAAAAAUAUAUUUAUAUGUAUGUAUGUGUGUGUGUACAUAAUCUUUAUUACAUUCUGACCUUUUAUUCUUUCGGAAGACGUUUAUUGUGUCCUAGAAUUUCUUCCUGGAGUUAGUGGAAAAAUUGAUGACUCCCCGCCAUUGUCAGCAAGGGGGUCUGGGGGAACGCUUGGAGCUCCCCCAGCGCGGGGCGGAGCCCCACCGCCAAACACUAUUUCUGGUAUUGAAAGGCAACAAAAUGGUUAUUCUGAGGUAUCUACAGUGCAUUUUCCUGCUAUUAAAAGUUUUAUUUCAAAAACAUAAUGUGCUAUUCUUACUGACUUAGACCCUCCCGCGCCGUUCGGCGCAUUUCCGUCAAUCUGUUUCCACAAAAAUCUGUCACUGGUAAUGUCUGAAGCCUCUUACCACCUGCUCUGAGGACCUCCAUGAAAGUGUGUAGCAAAGUUGUACUUAAUAGGAUGUCAUCGCAACUCUUAUUAUGCGUAAUUCGUUUUGUCGGAGAACAUGUCCCGCAAACCUCAUGCGAAGCUCUGUCACAGUCUUACUAAGGGGUCGACUCCCAGUUCGGCAUAGCAUUUCCUCUAUUUAGACUGACUCCUAAAAUCUGUCUUAGCCGUCUUUUUUGAGCCACAUUUCAAUUUCGCAGAUGACUUUUCACAGCACUUUAUUAAUGGAGCCCCACCACUGGUAGAAAUGUGUAACCUCUCUUGAAUACGUUCUUGGAAUUAGGUGACUGUAGUUUGCUUUAGAUUUUAUAUCGAAAAGGGAAGUUUUAUCGUCAAAAUUAUCUGUUGGGUGUUUUAAACCAAAAAAUCUCUGGAGCUGUUGUUUUUUUUAAAUUCAAAACCCCGUUUAGCUACGGUCAUAGAAUUUGGUAACUGUAGUUUGCUUUAGAAUAAUAUUGUAGAUAAAGGUUUUCCACCUCAAAACGCCUGUAAAUGAAUUGUAAACUCAAAACCAUCUGGAGAGGUUUUAAACUUGUAAAAAAAGCCAUCUGUAGGACAGGGGUUUAAACUCAAAACCCACAACUGCCUUGGCUACGCUCAAAUAUCUUUAGUGUGUAAUUUGCUUUUUUUUUAUAUUGAAGUGGAAUUUUUUAGCAUCAAACACCCUCUGAAGGGGGAUUUAAACUCAAAACUCCUUUUGGCAACGCUCAUAGCAUUUUGAGCGCGUAAUUUGCUUUUUUUUUUUUACAUUAAAGAUGUAUUUUUUAGCUUCAAACUCAAAACCCCUUUGGCUACGCUCAUAGAUUUUGGAGUGUUAAUUUUCUUUUUUUUUAAUUGAAAAGGUAUAUUUAAGCUUCAAAAUCCACUGGAGGGGAGUUUAAACUCAUAACCCCUUUGACUACAUUCAUAGAAUUUUAAGUGUAUAAUUUGCUUUGUUUUUAAUAUUAAAGAGGUAUUUUUUACCUUCAAACCCCGCUGAAGGGGGGUUUAAACUCAAAACUGAGCCAAAACAAAUUUAGCUACGCUCAUAACAUUUUGAGUGCGUAAUUAGCUUUUUUUUAUAUUGAAGAGGUAUUUUUUGGCUUCAAACCCUACUGAAGUGGAAGAGGGGGGGGGGUGUUCAAAAUUUUGAGUGUGUAAUUUACUUUUUUUUUUUAUUGAAGAGGUGGUUCAUCGUAAAUUUUGGAGGGGGUUUUAAAAUCAAAAUCUUCCUUAACUGUGCUUUUGGAGUUUGAUGAUUGUCGUUUGCAUUUUUUUUUUGGUUUAGUUUUAUAGAAGAGGGGGAUUUAACUGCUAAAACCCUUGGUAGGGGGUUUUAAACUCAAAACCCCAUGGUAGGGGUUUUAAACUCAAAACCCCAUGGUAGGGUGUUCUUAACUCAAAACCCCCCUGGUAAGGGGUUUUAAACUCAAAAACCCUUGGCUGAGCUGGGGCAAGUGAUGGUUUGGUAUUACAAUCUCACCUAAAAUAAACAAAAUGAAAGCAAAAAAUCAGUCACUAAAUUCCGAUCCCCCCCCCUGCGGGGGGGAUUUCAUUUCGGGGGGGGUGGUAGAACCCCAACCCCCCCUCCCACCUGGCUACGCCCAUGGCUUGUACUGUAUAAAUAUUCCGUGCUAGAUCUAAAGUACUGGAUCUAUCUAGAUAUGACUAUAAUUGAAUUGUUUACAUACAUUCGGAAACCUUUUUAUUUUCUAUGCACUAUAUAUUCAUAAUUGCUUGAGCUUGAAUAUUAUGCAGUUUUCAGUAUGUGUUUUAGAAAGAAAGUUCACUCUGGAUGUUUACUUAAUCUGUAAUAAAAGUUUGAGAUCGGCAUA